AUGUCUGACGACAGAAAAGAAGAAGAGGAGGAAGAGGAGGAAGAGGAAGUGACCUGUCAGCCCCUCCCCCGCCCGCCUCCUCCUUGCUGCGUUGCCAUGGAGACAAUGUUGUCACUGAGGAGGCAGGACCUCGUGUGCAUCGUGUGCUUCGGCAGCUACGACCUGGCCACGCGGUUGCCACGGCGACUGCACUGUGGCCACGCCUUUUGUCAGGCGUGUCUGAAGAGGCUCGACACUGUCAUCAACGAACAGGUGUGGAUCCCGUGUCCUCAGUGUCGACAGAACACUCCUCGGCCCAGAGGAGGAGCAGCUGGUCUAGACCUGGACUUGGCCUCCUUCCUGGGAGUGAAGGCCCAGCAGACCUGCACCUCCUCCUGCUCCCUGUCCUCCUGGAGCUCCGGCCGUAGGGAGGGGACGGCGGCUGGGGACACGGCCCGGGACGGGAAGCUGUGGCUGGGGAAGGAGGUCGCAGACGACGGCUGGUCACAUGGAGGUCUGGCUGAGCCGCGAUUCCAACGUUACGGAAACUGCUGCCCGCCACCGUCCUAUUGGCUUUGCUGCUUGUUCUGCUGCCAGGGGCGGGGCUAAGACUGACCAAUGAGUGUGCUCACUUUA